UUUUCCCUUACUCCCCACUACAUACCUUGAACUGUAUCUAUAUAUAUACCCUCUACAUCUCUACUAUUUCUUCGUCACAUUCACUUCACUUAUCUUUUUCUUACAUUGAAACAACACUACCCAGUUUGUCAUUAGAGGAAAAGAAACUGCAGGGAAAGUAAAAAACAGAACUGAGGAGUGUGAGGAAAGGAGAGAAGAGAUAAUGGCAGAUGCCAGUGAUAAGGUGGUGGAGACUGUGAUUGUUGGGAAUUAUGUGGAGAUGGAAGCCGAAGGGGGGCCUAAGGACAUCAAAAGCAAGGUUUCUAAGCUCUUUUGGCAUGGUGGUUCUGUUUAUGAUGCUUGGUUUAGCUGUGCUUCUAAUCAGGUAGCUCAAGUGUUGCUUACAUUGCCAUACUCAUUUUCUCAACUGGGGAUGCUUUCUGGGAUUCUCUUUCAGCUGUUCUAUGGAUUGAUGGGUAGCUGGACAGCUUAUCUCAUUAGCAUACUCUAUGUGGAGUACAGAACCAGAAAAGAAAGAGAAAAAGUUGAUUUCAGGAACCACGUCAUUCAGUGGUUUGAAGUUCUUGAUGGUCUCCUUGGAAAACACUGGAGGAACGUGGGUUUGGCAUUUAACUGCACUUUUCUUCUGUUUGGAUCUGUCAUUCAACUCAUAGCUUGUGCAAGCAACAUAUAUUACAUAAAUGACAACCUGGACAAGAGGACAUGGACUUACAUCUUCGGUGCCUGUUGUGCCACCACAGUCUUUAUCCCGUCGUUUCACAAUUACAGAAUCUGGUCCUUUCUUGGCCUUAUAAUGACCACCUACACAGCUUGGUAUCUCACCAUUGCCUCCCUCCUCCAUGGCCAGGUUGAGGGAGUUCAACAUUCUGGUCCUACCAAGCUGGUGCUGUAUUUCACAGGUGCCACCAACAUUCUCUAUACGUUCGGGGGACAUGCUGUCACUGUGGAGAUCAUGCAUGCUAUGUGGAAACCACAAAAGUUCAAGGCUAUAUACCUGAUAGCAACUGUGUAUGUGCUGACACUGACACUUCCCUCAGCUGUUGCUGUUUAUUGGGCAUUUGGAGACAUGCUUCUCAAUCACUCAAAUGCCUUUUCUCUUCUCCCGAGAACUCACUUCAGAGACAUGGCUGUCAUUUUAAUGCUCAUCCACCAGUUCAUUACGUUUGGAUUUGCAUGCACAGUAGGGAUGCAUGAGUGCAAGAGCUUGUGCAAGAGAGCAGCGGCAAGAUUGCCGGUGGUUGUCCCCAUUUGGUUCUUGGCUAUAAUCUUCCCUUUCUUUGGACCAAUAAACUCCACCGUCGGAUCCCUCCUCGUUAGCUUCACCGUCUACAUAAUUCCAGCACUGGCUCACAUUUUCACCUUCCGAUCAGCCACUGCUAGAGAGAAUGCAGUUGAGCAACCUCCCAAGUACUUUGGAAGAUGGGUAGGGGCAUACACUAUAAACAUGUUCGUUGUGGUGUGGGUCUUGAUUGUCGGGUUCGGAUUCGGCGGAUGGGCGAGCAUGACGAAUUUCAUACACCAGAUUGACACAUUUGGGCUGUUCACAAAGUGUUACCAAUGUCCACAACCGGCAGCCUCGGGACCGUCACCCCAACACGGCCUUAACGCCACCGUGGCUGCUCCUACGCACCGCCCUUUCAAUCACACUCAUAUGCCAUGAAUCACGCGCACACACUGGUCAUCCUUGUUACUUUAGAUUGUUGACAGAGAAGGGACGCAAGCUGGAGCUUAAAUGGGAGUUGGCAAAUCAGAUUAUACACACAUAUUGGUCAUCCAGUUUGAGUCUUUCUGUUGUUUUCAUUUAGCAUAGGGAGUUUGUAAUGCAUUUUCCUGGAAAAGAAACAGAGUUUGUAUCAAGAAAAUUGAGGAUCCUCUCUGCUUUGUAGGUUGUUAUGGUUCAGUCUCUGAUAUGUAAGAGUUGUGUUCUCUUGCA